UGAUGAAGGCAUUGGUUUGGUUCUAGUCAGUCCGAUGCACGUAUUGGAACCUCCUUUGGUUUACCGAUUCGUAUUCGUCGGGCUGUAAAACUUCAGCAAAAUGACAGAAGGGACCGUCACGAUCAAGACUAGGAAGUUCAUGACCAACAGGCUUCUAAGCCGUAAACAAAUGGUUGUUGAUGUCACUCAUCCCGGCCAGCCUUCCGUCAAGAAGACGGAAAUCAGGGAAAAGCUGGCCAAGAUGUACAAAGUGACACCCGAUGUUGUCUUUUGUUUCGGCUACAGGACUAACUUCGGAGGUGGAAAGUCGUCCGGGUUCGCCCUCAUCUACGACACCCUAGACAUGGCCAAAAAAUUCGAGCCCAAGCACAGGCUGGCCAGACAUGGUCUGUAUGAGAAGAAGCAGCAAACUAGAAAACAGAGAAAGGAAAGGAAGAACAGGAUGAAGAAGGUCAGGGGUACCAAGAAGGCAAAGAUUGGUGCUGCGGCUGGAAAGAAGGGAAAGAAGUAGAAAAUGCUUUAUCUACUUUUUGUAUUUUCAAUGUGAGCUGUAAUGAAGGAGGGAAUGGAUUUGUGACUUCACUCGCCAAACAUGUAUAUAGUUUUUGUAUGACCUGUGAAGGAAUAAAUACAUUUGUUUUUACAUACA